AUGACUACUCGACCGGCAACACCUCUGUCCCCCAAACAGGCGAGGCUCAAAUCCCCAGCUCCGGGGAUGCCCACAUUUGGCUGUGAACACGUCCAGCGUCUGCUGUCGCAGUCUCAGGACCACACAAACCAGUCUGUACAUCACUACAAGAUGAUUCUGAGGAACGUCUUCGAGCAGACCCCCGUCAUCCCCCAGACCACUAAGAGCAGCAAGGGACGACCCAACACUUCUCUUACGUCCAAUUACCUCUGCCUACAAUGUUCCUCUAUCGUCUCUGAGGAAGAACGUCUAGUCCACGGCAACGCAAAGUCGCAUCGUUUCUUUGUCGAUUCACGAAGUGGGACCCUCUAUUGCCAAAUAUGUGACGACCUGGUCUGGGACCCUACCCUUGAGGACCUGAGGGUACGCAAAAUGGGAACAGGGACCUUCUCAACGCUCUGUCCAGGUCGCAAGAGGAAGCACGAGGAGCUCUUCUCGGACAGCUUCAAGGACAGCCCUCUCUAUAUCUCCUCAAAUACCACAACAGCCUCUUGUAAGGCCAGCGGGCUGCGUGGCAUCUACAACGCUGGUGCCACUUGCUAUCAAAACGUCGUGCUCCAGAGCUUCCUCCAUAACCCGUUGCUGCGCAACUUCUAUCUCGGCGACGGUCACCCUAGCAACGAUUGCACCCUGCCGAACUGUCUGAGCUGCGCCAUGGACGACAUGUUCCAGGACUUUUACGCCGUGGAGAACACAAACGGGUUCACGGCGGCGAGCAUUCUCUCGGGCUUUUGGAUCUCGGAGAAGAAGGCGUUUGAGAACUUGGUGACGACCAAGGAGCAAGAUGCUCACGAGUUCUUCCAAUUCCUGGCCGAGGAGUUGCACGAGCGCAACGGGGACGGUAAACGUCCGGAGACGGGUAGCGAGCACAGCUGCAACUGCAUCAUUCACCAGACGUUCUAUGGUAAACUGCAAAGCACCACGACGUGUCAGAAUUGCGGCGGGGUCACCAACGCUGUUCAGUCGUUCUUAGACCUCAGCCUCGGCCUCGACCAUCUGACCCAAAAAAGGACCAAGAAAACGGGAACCAAGAAACCCGCGCUCACGCUACAAGAAUGUCUGGAGGAAGAGUAUGUCAAGUCGGACAAGUGUGAAUAUCGCUGCCACAAGUGUAGCUCGGCGCAGCAGGCCAGACGGGAUACGAGUAUUAGGCGACUGCCAAACGUGCUAGCAAUCCAGCUUAAGAGGUUCGAAUACAAGCAGGGCCGGCACGACCGAGCGCCAUCUAAGAUUGACACGACAGUCAGCUUCCCACUGCAGCUGAACAUGCUGCCCUACACAAGCAGAGCCAGGGCGAGUGACACGCGGGAGUCGUAUGACUUGGCUAGGUCAUGCACGUACGACCUCCUCAGCGUUGUUGUUCAUGUUGGCGAGAUCGACACUGGUCAUUAUGUGUCCUAUUGUCGUGUCGCCGACCAGUGGUUCAAGUUCAAUGACCACAAGGUCGAACUGGCAUCCAAAUCCGACGUCCUUGGUGCGCAAGCCUACCUGCUCUUCUACAUCGUCCAAUCUCUCACGUGA